AAGAUCUGUUAGCUUGUAACACAAUGGCGAAGACUCCAGUUUCAUUUUUCGGUCUUGUGGUUGUACUUAUAUUUUUCCCAGGUACAGGAUGUUGGGAAGCUCCUGGGUUUUGUCGUGGGUACGAAUGUCCCACAUAUACUCUUGUACAGGAAAACAAUGGAUUUGAGGAGCGCAACUAUGACACCAGUUACUGGAUUACCACUGAUGUUGCGAGCACCAAUAAAGAUGAUGUAGCAACUGGAUUUUGGAAACUCUAUUACUUCAAUAAAGGGGAAAACAAAGAAAAUAAGGAGAUUGUAAUGACCCGACCCGUGGUGGUCACCGUGAAGGAAGCUGAUGGUACGGGGGAAAAACAGGUGUCUAUUUCACUAUACCAGUCUGACACUGACAUUCCUGCACCCAAUGACGAAACCAUCAGAAUAACAGUCAUGCCGGGCGGUACUGUCUAUGUCAGGUCAUUUGGGGGUUUUGCAGAAUAUGAGGAUGGUAUAAAUGAGCUUAAUAGUCUCAAAGAGGAACUUAGGGCUGCUGGAAAGCAGUUUGUUGAAAACGGGUUUGAUGCAGCUGGUUACGAUGCACCAUGGGACUUGAUGUACAGGCACAAUGAAGUUUGGCUCCGUGCAGCUUAAGCAAUUACAGACUAAGAUAUUGUAGCCACUACAUUCUGUUUUCCAUUCCCCUUUUCCACAAUGUAGUGUCCUUUUCCGUUUUAACCUUUUACGUAGUAUUAAUACCUAUUGAACAUUUACUUAAAAAUAUAUUGUUGUUUCAUUUAUAUGCAUUGUAGGUGCAAAUGUUCUUGGUACUUUACAUGCUAUACUUGACAGAACUAUUAACUGGAAUGUAAAUCUGCAGCCAUUAUAUUGAGUCUGAUUACACUAAAAAUACCCUGAAAAUUAUAUUUCUAAAUUCCAAUUAUUAAUUGUAUUGAAAUAAAAUAAAACUUUAGAUUUUUUCCUUAAA